CCAGUGCUUUGGUAAAAGACUUCACAAGACCACUGCUUUUAUUGCCUCUUCAGAAUAUGUUUGUAGCUUUGCCUCUGCUACAUAGUACAUAACUUGAUGAACUUUGCAGGAUGCCCUCAUUCAGUAUAGUGGAGUUCGUGGAUGAAGUUGACUCUGAUGGUUGCAAAAAAGUGGAUAUUAUUCCAUUAGAGUGGUUCAAGGGCACCUACAGAAAAUUAUGCUGGUGGCCACCAGCCACGCUCCUGAAUGUAACCAAGGCUGUGAAAGAGGGAACACCACCAGCCAAAAACUGGAUUCUCUGCAAUGUGCGUGCUAUCGGAGACGCAGCCACUUAUACAGAUGCCAGGGUGAAACUCCAUCAAGCUGAAUAUACAUCAGACCUGACAGACACUGACGAUCGCUUGAGAAAGAGAAAGGGAAGUGCAAAACUCUUCGAAAGCCAAAAGAGCAAGCAACUAGAAUCAACUGAGAAUUCUGAUUCGGAGGAGGAAUUUCCACCCACUCCCCCUGAAAAACUCCUUGGGCUAGCAGCAAAGCAAAUGAUCAGCCCCACUGCCCAGCGAGUUGCCAGUUCCACUAUCCAGCAGGGCGCCAGCCCCACUGCCCAGCGAGUUGCCAGUUCCACUAUCCAGCAGGGCGCCAGCCCCACUGCCCAGCGAGCUGCCAGUUCCACUAUCCAGCAGGGCGCCAGCCCCACUGCCCAGCGAGUUGCCAGUUCCACUAUCCAGCAGGGCGCCAGCCCCACUGCCCAGCGAGUUGCCAGUUCCACUAUCCAGCAGGGCGCCAGCCCCACUGCCCAGAGUCUUGCAACCCCCGGUUGUGAAGCCAUGUUCUCUAAACUUCUUACAAUUCUAGAAGAAGUGAAGGAGACCCAGCGGGUUCACAGUAAGAUAUUAAAUGCCCUACUGAAGAAGCAAGAGGCACCAGUGAUGGAGGUUCCUGAAGGAGUGGCCUUCCCUCUGCAAACUCAAGCUGAUGUUGAGGCUCUCGAUGAGAAACUGAAAGACCGCAGUCUAAUGUCUACUGUUGCUGCCGUGGUAGCAGAUGUAGGGGGCACAAGUGUAGAUGACGCAACAAGGCGAAUGAUGAAAUUCCUUCUGUCAAACGAGCUGGCAUUGGACUACAACCUGUUCGGCCGUCACGGAAAAAAGAAGUUUAAGGACUUGCGUCUUUUCAGUGUUGUAUAUGAGGCUCUUAAGAAGAACACAUUGACGGCACAAGUGAACCAGCAGGAAGCUGAGAGGGCACUGUCAAAAUGGUUCACUGGGGCAAGAGACAGAGGAGGACGAAGGGCGUCCAGACAGCCAAUGCAAACUUAAACAGAAAUGUGUUCUCGGGUACAGCUUCUGCUCCAUGCCUGACUGUCCUGGAAAGUGGUUCUGUCUAGACCCUCUACAGUUUCAUCCAUGUUCCUCACGAUUAUGCAAUGUUGAUCUGUUGUCCUGUUCAGUCAUUAUUCACCUCUGAAAACUUGUUUUAAAAAAAUUCAUAUGAUAGAAGUUAUACUGUCCAUGUAUAAUAAA